AUGGUCCCGCAGAGCCAUGAACGGCAGCAGGCCUUCAAGGCCCUGCGCAGCCAGAGCAUCAAAAUCAUCACCGGCUACACCAUCCUCGGCUUCUGCAACGUCGUCCUCGCCAACAUCAUCUUCUCCGCCAGCUACCUGCUGAUCCCAUACACGCGGCCCGUCGUCAUCCUCAUCCAGCUUGUCCCCGCGCUCGCCACGAAGCUCCUCGCGCCGCACCUCCUCGCCGCACUGCCGUGGACGCUGCGGCCCUUUCUCGUCGCCGGCUGCUGGUCGCUCGCCGUCGGCGUCACGGCCGUGACGCCGGCCAACGUGCCGGCCGUGUGGCGCGUGCUCAUCACCAUGCUCGCUGCCGCCACCGCCGCCGCCACCGAGGUGUCCGGCGCCGCCGCCGUGCUCUGCGCCGUCGCGCCGCGCGUCAUGACCGUCGGCGCCCGCGUCGUGCUCCGCGCCGCCGUCGGCUACGCCCACUACCUGAUUGCCGCCGGCCUCGUCGCCGGCUCCAUGAUUCUCCGCCGCCCGCCCGUCUUCACCGCCACCACCGUCGACUGCGUCAAGUUUGACGCCCGCGCCAACGAGGACGGCGCCGGCUUUGUCGUCCACGAGCCGCCCCCGAGCGAGCCCGCCACCUGGACCGCCCGCGUCGAGCACAACCUGCGCCUGCUCGACCCGCUCGCCAAGCCCUACAUCCGCUCCCUCUGCUUCGCCUUUACCCUGCAGGCCCUCGUCGCGCCGGGCAUCGCCCGCGCCUACGGCCGGUCCGACGUCUUUGGCAGCUUCGAGACCUUUUAUGCCGUAUUCAACCUCGCCUUCCAGGCGGGUAACCUCGUGUCGCGCUCCACCAUCCUGCUGAUCCGCUUCCGCCACCUCUCUCGUCUCACAUCUCUUCUGGCCGUGCUGGCCGCCGUGGUGCUGGUCAACGGCGUCGCCACACUCGUCUCCUCGCCCUACAUCGUGCUACCUGCGCUCUUCGUCACCGGUCUCCUCGGUGGCGCCAUCUACGCCAACGUGUAUGCCUCCGCCCUCGAGCAAAUGGCGACGGACAACCCUGCUGAUGCUGAAUUCGGCCUUGGCGUCAUUGGUGCUGGCGAGACGGCUGGUACGCUCUGCGGCUCGCUGCUCGCUGCCCUGGCCGAGCAGAGCCUGUGCAGCGUAGAUGCAGGAACCGGCACGCGGUGGUGCUACUCCAGAGCGUGA